AUUCAUCAAUCUCCAUUCAACCAUUCAUUCAUCAUUCAAUACUGCUACAGCUGUUGUAAGAAGCAUUCAAGCUGAAAUAAAGUCAGAAGACUGUAUUUCCUGUCUCCGCGUCUACUCUCUAACCGGAGUGCUGUUUUUGGAUGAAGCGGCUCCGGCACAAACAUCACACAACAUAAGAUUCCCCAACAUUGGUGCUUCGAGCCGGAGAGCUUCACCCACGACAGCGCCAUGGAUGCACAGGAAACAGCAACAGCUACGAUUGGAGCUCAUGGAGGAAGACAGCGACAGCUUCCAACACACCUGCAAGGCUAUAAGGUCAGCUUACCACAGUCUCUCUUGCCUAAUCCUACCCCCCUCCAAUAUGACAGUGCGCGUCAGCUGCUGUCACUUAGCCUGCAAACCGGGUUAUCAGCUGAGAGUGACCCGCUACACACUGCAAUUGGACGCCCUCCCUCUUACUCCUUACCAGGAGCAGCAAAUAAGGCAAAUUUGUGGGACAUGGCACCUUUUGCUAGCAGAAUGCCUGACCUGCAGAAUAUGUGUGUGAGGCCUCGACUGCCAUCUCCGUCAGAGCAGAGCUGCUACAGUCACCAAUCGCCAGAAUACAGCCUCAGUGAGAACGGAUCUGGCCCCCUCUCGUCACAUCCACCUCCAACCCACUGACACUGGUUGGACUCACAAGCAGAUAACCGCACCUUACAGCAGCAGCCAUUAUCCAUGCAGCUGGGACAAGCCACCAAGCAUCAGGAUAAGCUGCCAACGACAACACUGCUGUGCACGACUACAGCGACAUUCCAGUCUCAAGCCCUCCCAGCCUUCAUGCCGAGUCAGAAUCAGGAGAGAAGCAUAUUGACUCAAUCUCUACCACCAACAGUUACAUCUGCACGGUUGUUGGGAGCUGUUCCUAAGCCAACAGCACUUCUGGCUAGAAGCACGGUCAUGUCGUUACCUAUCGUCCAAGGGAUGCAGGCAGCUGGUCACGUUGGCCAACAACUGCUGACAACUACAGGGUACCAGCCGUCUCACCAGCUACCAGCUACACAACAGUCAGUGGCCCAACAUCCAGUUGUUAUGCCUCAGCAAUCUUCCUAUGUGCCACACAACUGGUCUGUAGCGCCCUCACCUUAUACACAGUCUGAUGUCCCCCAGCAGACAGCGUAUCAGUCUCUGCCUGUCCUUCCGGCACAGUAUGCGUACCAACAGCCGCAGUACCCGCCGCAGCACCAAGCAAUCCGCAGUUACCAGCAGCGCAAGUUGUUCCUUUGGUGGAGACGGAGGAGGCCGACCCAAAACCCUGAAGGAGAGGCUGCUUGCCCCAGGAGGACCCCCAAGAAAAAGGAAGGAAGGAAGGAAGGUUUUUUCUCCCUGAAAAAAGUCCUUCAACUUCAAGCUGAAUUCUGA